GGGUGAUUUCGUCUACACGUGCAUGUGCUAAAUAUGUACAUAUUGAUGUAUAUACAUAUCUCCGGUAUUUACAUGCGUGGUACCGGCUCAAAGGCGCCUGGUCAACCCAACUAAGAACGCGAAGAGGAGAGACCCCUGCUUAGAAAGCCAGAUCCCGUCAAUAUGCCUGCAGCAAAGCAAGAUUUGAAAUCGAAGCUCGACACGAUCUAUCCUAAGACAACAACCCCAGCAAUUAACCUCCCUUCUCACGCGUCUGCAACCCUCAUCUUUCCCUCCUCCAGCAAGGGCCUCGAAGACGAAGACGAAGCCUGGAUACAACCAUUAUUGGUUAAUUCAUCAACGGCCUUGGACAACAGUGACCUAGACAGACCAACAACAGCAUCGCAUCAACGCCGCCCUCCUUAAAUUUCCUGGCAGAGAGACAGCCUUGCCGGCCGGAUUGCGAGUAACCAUCAAGUAGACGGGUUAACAACACACAACAUACCUAACCGCACACAUCACCAAUACACCCACCUACGCACACACCUACACACACUAGAGAUGGGUCAAAGUGUGUCUUGGCUGUCUGGCCUCCUAUGGGCGAAAAAAGAGAUACGAAUCCUGAUCCUUGGUCUUGAUAAUGCCGGAAAGACGACUCUGCUGUACAGACUGAAGAUAGGCGAGGUGGUGACGACAAUCCCCACGAUUGGUUUCAACGUCGAAUCCGUGACAUACAAGAACCUCAAUUUCAAUGUGUGGGACCUGGGCGGGCAGACCUCGAUCCGACCGUACUGGCGAUGCUACUACGCUAACACCGCCGCUGUUAUCUUCGUCGUCGACAGCACCGAUAUCGAGCGCCUGCAGACCGCCGCCGAGGAGCUUGCUGCCAUGCUCAACGAGGAGGAGCUCCGCGACGCCGCCCUCCUUGUCUUUGCUAACAAGCAGGAUCAGCCCGGCGCUAAGGGCGCCGGCGAAAUCUCUGAGGCCCUCCGCCUCGGCGAGCUACGCGAUCGCAACUGGAGCAUUGUCGCCUGCUCGGCCGUCGAUGGCAGCGGUGUCAGCGAGGGCAUGGACUGGCUCGUGCAAACCGUAUCGCAAGAUUAGGAUCGGAUCUUCCAUCGCCUCACGCGACGAGCACGAGAGCGCGAUUGUACAACACCCGCCAUGGAUCGGCUUGUCCCGAACCGUCUUAUUCGUAUAAAUGCCACCGAUUCCAUCUCAGAUAUGCCGGUUUUCUCUCGAAUCCAUACCACCGUUAUACGCCACGCACUCCCUUGGUAGAUAGGGGCUAGGCACAUAUCGGCCCCAGAACGGUUGAUAGCUAGGACCCAAUCAACCCGUAUCUGUUCUACCAAUAGCAAGCCACAUCGUCGCUGGCAUUGCUAGAGGACUAUUGCCACGAGUAAGGGCGAAGAAUGAAAGUAAUAUAGCAUUUCCUUUACAGGAUUCAUUGUUUUUUUUUUCGUCCAAACGAGGAAGAAUGAGGGUACAGGGGGAGGGAGGCAGGCCGGAAGGGACGAGGAAGGGGGGAUAAUGUUGGGCGGAGGGAAUAUCCAGUUUGACGAAUCAAGACAAGAUUACGUGCGUGUGUAUGUGUGUCAAGUCCGGGCGCCGACCUAAUUAUGAUUCACAGGCGGGACCCCGGGUUCCCGUCAUGACACAUCGGGAAUAUACACACAUACACACAAACAUACACAUACGCAACACGACACGAGGGCCUGGACGUCUGUAUUGGGGGGGGAGGGGG